AUGCAAAUUGACGAAACAUCAACUAAAUUACCAGCAAAAAUUGUUGUUAAUUCAGCAGAAAUUCCAAGAACAAGAAAACAUAGAAAAAAGAAUUGGCAAUGUACAUUUGAAGGAUGUACUGAUCCUUUAAAAACUCGGUAUAAUUGUUAUUCACAUAUUUGGGAUACUCACCUUAGAAAAGUAUUAUGUGAAAAAGAUCCAGGUCGUUAUGAAGAUGUUCCAUAUAAAAAUAUUCAAAAUAAAGAAUUAGUUAAAUCUCUUUGUGAAAAAUAUAUGACUCAACUUGUAUCUGAUAAAAAGAGACAAGAAAGUGAUGAUGAACAACUUGUUCAACAAAUAUCUUCUAAUCCUCAACCAAUUCAACACAUACCCCAACUUGUUCCUGUUCUUUCUCAAAUACAACCUCAAUCACAAAUACAACCAAUACUUCAAAACCAAAUUCCUUCUCAAUUAACACAACCAAUACAACCUCAAUUAUCUCAAAUUGUUUUAGCACAACCUCCAAAUGUAAUAAAUUCUUUUGUACCAAGUUAUCCUCUUGUGCCUAAUCAAAUGCUUCCUUAUCAAUAUCAAAUGGAUACGACACCACAAAUUACUUCUUUUGAUCAAACAUUAUCUUCUGCUGAACAAACAAAUUCUCAAGAGGUCAAAAUUGAAAUGCAACAACUUCAAUCUCCACAACAAUCAAAUGCACUUUCACUUGCAUCAAAUGAAUGGGAUGUUUUAAUUAAUACGGUUAAUGUUUCACAAUCAGCAACACAUCAAUUACUUUGUUCAGAAUUACAAAAAGGAGAUUUUUUACGUAUUUAUAAUAUAUCAAAAACUCUUCAUAGACUUCAUGUUUAUGGAGAAGUUCUUGCUGAAAAUGGAUAUUUUGUAAGAUCUGAUGAGCGAACUAAAUGUCAUAUUCGACCUUUAUCAGAUUGUCUUGAAAGUAUUUCACAACUUGUUGGAAAACAAUAUCGUUAUAAAAAUUCACCACAACUACGAUUAGGUUUUGUUGCACAAGAAGUAAAAGAGGUAUUACCAGAUUUAGUUCAUACUGAUGAAAUAACUGGAACAUUAAGUGUAGAUGUACUUGGAGUUAUUCCAUUUUUAGUAGAGUCAUUAAAACAAUUAAAUUCUGAAAUAACUAUGUUAGAUGGAGCUAAUGAUACACAAUUUAAAUGUUUACAAGAUAGAGUUGUUGAAGCUCUUAAUCUAGCAGAUGAUUUAAAAAUAAAACAAAAACAAGACUUAUAUGAAUUACAAAAAUGUAUUGAUAAAGCUCAAGAACCAAUGUAUUCUUUUUCAUUUGGACCAAUUCCAGUAACAUUAUAUUUUGCAAGUAUUUUAACUUUUAUGAGUUUGAUUCUUCCAUUUACAUAUUGUUAUCAAUAUAUAAUGUGGGGAUAUUUCAUAUUUACAACAUUAUGUGUUUAUUUUUCUUUAAUACUUGAAAGAAAAGAAUUAUGUGAAAUGUUUAGAUUUCAUAGAGUUGUUUGGGAAUGGAAGACUUAUCAUUUUAUUACAUUAUCUCUUUUUACUUUCCUUUUUAUUCUUUCAUUAUCAUUUACUGUUAUUAUGGGAUCUGCUUCUUUUCAAACAGCUGCAGGAAUAACAGUUGUAGUAUUGUUAAUUAUUAUAAUACUCAUUUUCCUUCAUAAAAUAAUAAAUCUUUCAUUUUGUGUUGUAUCAACAAUAUUAUGUGCAUUUCUUGUUAUUGGAUUCAUUUCUAUUGGAAUUAUUUAUGUUAUACAGCCAUCUUAUCAACCAGAAAUAUUAAAUUAUCAGUCUGGUCAAACUUUUGUUUUAGACUCAAAUAACCAAUUUAAAUUUUCAAUAAAUUCUCCUCCAUUUAAUUGUUUCUCUCCAAAUUUCUAUUCAAAAAACCUUGGUUCUCUUUCUCUUAUUCAAAAUUCUUUAUCUGAUAAUGAAUUUAUUAUUCAAGGAAAUUUAUCAGAAACAAUUAAUGAUGUUCAAUUUUAUCUUACUUGUUCAAAAUAUCUGACUUUCUAUUUUGGUUCAUAUUCAAUUUCUCAUUUGUAA